CUCCCUUGUAUUUCAUGCGGAAGGGACAGGCACAGCCGUGAACCGAGGCGGGAUUUGGUUAUUUAAAGGCAUCCAGGACGUACAAUUCAAUCUCACACAGUGCACAUGAAGAACUAGUAUACCUGUUUAUUCAGAACAUCGACAGCAUCAAACUUAUGUCAGAUGGCGACGUCGCGAGCUGAGAAAGUGACGGAGUUCCUCACCUGUGUGAUGUGCCAGGAACUGUACACAGACCCCUGUACACUGAGGUGUGAUCACACAUUCUGCAGGAAAUGUGUCACUGCAAACAUCCAAACCAGACCAGAUGCUGUACAGUCCAAGACGAUCCCCUGUGCCUUCUGUCGACAAGAUACCAAGGUCCCCGACCCCAGCCGGCCAGUGGAGGAGUGGGCGGGGCAGAUCAAACCCAGCAUCAUUAUACAGGGGCUGAUUGACACUCAAGCUGACGUUGUCAAAACAGGUUCCGCUUCGUGUUGCUCAGUGUGUGAGAAGUUAGGGGAGACAACUCCGGGAGCCUCAUGGUGUUCUGAGUGUCAAGUGUCCCUCUGCGAGAGAUGUGUCAAGAUACAUCGUGCAAGUCCAUCAUCACAUGACCAUGAGAUCUGGGACCUUUCAGGGGAGGUCAAGGUGAAGAGGAGGCGCAAGGUCAUAUGCAGGGAACAUAAGGAUGAGGUUAUAAAGCUUGUAUGUAAAGACUGCCACAAAGCUGUGUGUCAGACAUGUUGUGCUGUUUACCAUAGGAAAUGUGAGUCUGUCGUUACCAUUCAGUCAAUGUUGUCAAACCUGAAAUACCAUUUAAGAAGGCAUGCUAAACAGUUAUCAAAGAAAAUACAUAGAAAAGAAACAAUUGUUAAGAAAACAGACGAGAAAAUUAGCGGAAUUGAGAAAAACAAAAUAGCAGUAGAAAAUCACAUUAAAUGUGUUGAGAAGAAAGGAAAACAACUGAUUAAUGAAUUCAAGGACAUUACAGACAAACAAACAAAGGAACUUAAAGCAGAUGUUAAACUUGAAGAAAUUGAAAUUCAGAUGUACAGACAACAUUGUGUGUUCAUUGACCAGGCCUUGGUAUCGGACUGUGAGAUGGACCUGUAUGACGCGUAUCAGGCCUGGGAGUCUGGGGCUGUAGAGUUGGGGGAUGUCAGGGACACAGACACAGUAGACACACGGAGAAUAGAUGACAUCAGGUUUACACCUGACACUGACAACGUCCAGCACAUCCUAGAUGACCUACAGCUUGGAAAGAUUGACGUCACAUACAAGGAUCAGGGCACAUGUCUGACGUCUCCAGUGCUGGUUGAUGUGAUAGAUGGGAGGAUGGCGGGCGAUGUGGUGGAGCCUUCUCUACGUGACGUCACAGUCCUUGUUGUAGAUGGUAUACAGACAGUUGUAGUCACUGACAGGAAGAACAAGUGUGUGAAAUCCUUCUACACUAGAAACAAUCAACUGUGUCAAAGUAGACUUCCCCUGGAUGACUCUCCAUGGGGUGUAACACAGAGGAAGGAGAACCAGGUGAUGGUUGCUGUCCCUGAAUCCAGUCAGAUUUUAACAGUAGAAGUGACCCCUGACCUGCUGCUGCUCUCAACCAUCACAACACGCAAGGGGUACGUCAGUCUCGCUGUUCUGAGUCCUCCAUCUCUGGCAACAUGUACAUAUGACUGUGUUGAUAUCCUGGACAUGGCAGGACACGUGCUGAGGUCAGUCACUACACACAACAAGGAGCCACUGUUUACCGAUCCCUGGUACAUGUGUGUAAACAACAAGGGCAGCAUACUCGUGUCUGACAGGGGGGAGCAGUCUGUGACAUGUGUGAGGUCAGAGGGGGAUGUUGUGUGGAGAUACGCCCCCACCGGAGACAGAGAACUCACCCCUUAUGGUAUCACAACUACUCCAACAGGAGACAUCCUGGUUGCAGGCACCAAUAAGGUUACAAGGCUGACAGAGACAGGGGAUUAUGUCACAGAUCAUCAGGACAUUGGCUGUGAUCCAUGGGGAUUGUAUGUCGAUAGACAUGACACACUGUAUGUGUGUGAACAAAGUCAGAUACACGAAAUCAUCUGAAGGUCAGAUACACGAAGUAAACUUCAUGUAGUCACAUCAACCACUGCAUGAUUUCAAUCAUCACUAUCGCUGGUGUUAAAUUCACUAUAACAACUCAGAAUGGACUCCUCUGAUUGGGGUGUGAAUGAUCAAGCAAAGGUGUAUCCACAGACAUUAUGUCCACAUCAUUACACAUCAGAUUAUGUGUUUAGCAACCCGUUUCUCUUAAUUAAACCGGCUCCGUGUUCUCGUGAGUACGGUGUCGGCCGGGAAGGCGAAAAGCCCGUGUUUUGAUCCCAAUCUGCUCAAGAGAUACCAAUACUUUACUCUAUUUUUAGUGGAUAUGAUAUGGUUUACUUGUUAUUGAAGUGCUCACAUGACUACCUGGACCUGUGGAUGGUCACUUGAUAUAUUGUUUAAUGACACUAAUGAGUUCCCAACUCUUGAGACCAUCAGCGGGUUCCCGGGUCGGGUUGGUAACCCCGGCUGUAGAUUUGUCCCAGCUGCAGUCAGUACCAUGUUAGGUACGUGGUCCAUUGCACCGUGGUCAUGGAAUGUUUUUACUUUACUAGAUAGUAGAUAGGGUGUUCCAUGUAGGAUGUUUGUGAUGUCAUGAAGUUUGUUUUGUGGAACGUUAUAGUGAGCCACUUAAUAACAAAUAGCUCCUGCAUCAUACUUGUACGGAGGAACACUUCUACAAUUGUGUAAUUGUGUCCAUAUCUAUAAUGAUUAUAAUAGUGUUGUAGGCAUAGUUCAUUUCAUUGUUCAAUUGUCAAAAAAUAAACUGCAAGUGAUUCCAUGUCAUAGUUUGGCUAAAAAUGAAAUUAUUUUUGUGUGUAAGCUCCAUAAUCAGAGACCAUAAAAUAGAUUUAGUUUACUCUGCAUAAACUGAACAAACAUUAGGCCACGCACACCCUCGGAUUUGUUUCAUGACUGGCUGAUAAUAGAGUUGACGGGUCUUGUGUUGCACUAUUGCGCUGUACAGUGUCAUAUUUGGAAUCGCCUACUCUUUCUUUGUGUCAAUGACUUAAUAGACAGCCUUUGGAGUUGUUAUUGUUGUCUUGUAAAAUGUAUUGUUGUGCUUAGAGGGGCAUGCACACUUUGCGUUUUAUACGCAGAUUAACGCAUGGUAUGGACACAAGUUUUUUAGAUUUAUACCUCCAUAAACACAAUAACUAUUGUUAAGUUAAUUCUUAAAUAAAUAAAUUGCAAGCGACUCCUUUGCAUUAGAUUGGUUAACCUAAAAUAACAUUAGCCCACGCCAACUAGCGAACUACUUGCGUGACGUCGUAGGAAUUCGCGGUGGCUCGCCCGUGAUAUGCAUAGCCCUCAGUUUAAAAAAAAAUCAUUGAAAUCAUUGAAAGAAAACUUCAAUUGAUUUCUUUUACUUAUUUGUAGCGCACACAUAAUCAUUAGAUCGUUUUAAAUAGCAUGUACACUCAGCAAGAGCAGAAUGUAUUUUUCACAAAUAAAAAACAUGA